AUGGCGUCGCUGGGAAGGACUGCGGUGCUUCCGCACUGCACGGCAUGUACGCGUCAAAUGACGCGGCUGCGCUGGGGUGAGAUGCCGCCGCUGCAGCCCCUGCAGCAAAUCCGUUGCAUCUCCAAGGCAGCAAAGGAGGAAGAGCGGUACAUUGUAGUCAAGCUGCUCAAGGACAAGCGGAGAUGGGGCCGAGCAGGCUCCUACAUUCGCCUCAACCCGGGGCGGAUGCGCAACAGAUGGUUCCCCCAGCGCAUUGCCGACUACGUCCCAGUCACGACGCUGAAGGAAUUGAAGGCGAAGGGAGUCACAAUAGGUCGCGAUCCUGAGUUCGGAGUCGAACAUGCCCUGCAGGAAGAGCCGGAGAUAGACCCGGAGUUUCUCCAACAGAAGCACCACGUUCGCCCCGUGGAGCUAGACUUCCUCAGUCCAGCGCGGUCUAUGGAGCUUCUGACGACCUUCGUUCCCCCGACCAUCGAGUUUGCGCGGCAGCGGAUCGAGCAGGAUAAGGUCGAUACGGGACGACGAUACGGAACAUCGGACGCGGCAGACAUCCUAACGGCAGCUGCCAUGGCCAGCAAACCCAAGCCUCUCACAAACGCUAUUUACGGAUCCGUGUCGACCGCAGAUGUCGUCGCUGUGGUCAAAUCCGCACUGGCGCAUAACGACGAGGCUGCCCGCGUAGUCCUCUCAGACAGUGAUGUACGCUUCUUGGAUCCAUCAGCCGAAGGAGACGGAAGCCGUGUCAAGCAAUUGGGUUCAUUCAAGGUGGAAAUCAAGGUCCCAGGGGCUGAAGCGCCCAUUGUCCGCACAGUGCGCGUGCGGGAGAGGAAGCCGGACGAAUGA